AUGCUCCAGGUACUCUUCCAGGUAUCUCUAAGCCAGGCAUCUAUUCCAGUAGAAUGGAAGACAGAGAUAACUAUUUACAAAAAAGGGGAGGAGAAUAAAGCGGAAAAUUAUCGUCCAGUCAGUUUAACAUCUGUGACAUGCAAGAUGCUGGAGCAUAUUAAAUGCAGCAACAUCAUGCGACACCUGGAAGAUGACUGUGCCCUCUAUAGGAAUAUCAGAAAGGAGAAGGACGCCAUUAAGCUUCAGAAAGACCUAGAAGCUCUACAGCAGUGGGAGGGCAAUUGGUUGAUGGAGUUCCACCACAAGAAAUGUCAAGUACUGCAUGUCACCAACAAAAGGAAGUGUGUAGAAUACCCCUACAACAUCCAUGGACACACUCUUGAAGUGGUUGAUUCUGCCAAAUACAUUAGGGUUAAUAUCCACAAGAGUUUGAAAUGGGCUCAGCACAUCAACCAGAUCCCCAAGAAAGCAAACUCAACAUCAGCUUGUCUGCGGCGUAACAUCAACCAAUGCCCACGUGAGACCAAAGCCCUAUGCUAUAAGACAUUAGUCCGUCCCUUGUUGGAAUAUGCAGGUGUUAUCUGGGACCCGCAUACGGCAGAAAAUAUCAACAAGAUUGAGAUGGUACAGAGGAGAGCUGCUAGAAUGGUAAUGAAUGAUUUUAGGACAACCAGCAGUGUCUCCAAUAUGAUCCAGCAACUCAACUGGCCCUUACUACAGGAGCGCAGAGCCCAGGCCAGGAGUAUUAUGAUGUAG